AUCAGAUUUGAGGAUCCCCACCUUACAUAAAUGUUCGUCCUCCACCACACCCAGAGAGAGAGAGAGAGAGAGAGCAAAAAAGCUAGAAAGCUUAGCUCAUUGUUACUGAAUAUAUUGAGUGUUUGUGUGCAUAACUAGCUACAUUUGUCAAUAGCUUCUGAAGCAGAGAAUACUUGAGAAUCAUCUCAGAAAUGGGUGAAGAGAAAAAACAGGAAGAAAAGAAAGAAGAGGCCAAGGAAGAAGAGAAGAAGGAAGAAAAGAAAGAAGAAGAGCCUCCAGAGAUUGUGCUCAAGGUUGAUAUGCAUUGUGAAGCUUGUGCCAGGAAAGUUGCAAGAGCUUUGAAAGGAUUUGAAGGAGUGGAGCAAGUAAGCACAGAUAGCAAAGCAAGCAAGGUGGUGGUGAAAGGCAAAGCAGCAGACCCAUCAAAGGUAUGUGAGAGGCUGCAAAAGAAAAGUGGCCGGAAAGUGGAGCUAAUUUCACCCUUGCCAAAACCGCCUGGAGAGAAGAAAGAAGAAGCCAAAGAUCCACCCAAGGAAGAAGAGAAAAAAGAUGAGCCUCCUCCCGUUGUAACUGUAGUCUUGAACGUUAGAAUGCAUUGCGAAGCAUGUGCUCAAGUGCUACAAAAGCGAGUUCGAAAGAUCCAAGGUGUAGAGUCAGUAGAAACAAACCUAGCCAAUGAUCAAGUAAUAGUAAAAGGGGUGGUUGAUCCAUCAAAGCUGGUGGAUGAUGUGUACAAGAAGACUAGAAAACAAGCUUCUAUAGUGAAAGAUGAAGAAAAGAAGGAAGAAGAGAAGAAAGAAGAGAAAAAGGAAGAAAAAGAAGGAGAAAAGAAAGAUGGAGAAGAAGGGAAGGCAGAGGAUGACAAGAACCUAGAUAUCAAGAGAAGUGAAUAUUGGCCAUCAAAGUACUACUCUGAGUUUGCUUAUGCUCCUCAGAUUUUCAGUGAUGAAAACCCUAAUGCUUGCUCUGUUAUGUAACUAAUAAUUAAUGUUGUACCUCUGGUGGAAUCUUAAUUAGUUUAGCCAAUGUUAAGGUUGUAAGCAAUUUUGCCAUGUAUUAUAUGGUAUGAUAAUAAGAUAUUGAAGCACAAUACUUGAUGCUACAAAUAAUUAAUUUUCACCUCUAUUAAUCCAAUCCCUCCUUUUGGUUUAA